AUGCACAUCCUGAAGACGCUCACCAGCGAGGAGGUCGAACAGAUGCACACCCUGCUCAAGCAGUACCAUCCUGUGAGGCUUCGUGACACGAACUCGCCUGAGUUCGUGUCACGCUGGUCAGCGUUCGUGUCACGCUGGUCAGCGUUCGUGUCUCGCUCGUCUGAGUUCGUGUCACGCUCUUCUGAGUUCGUGUCACGCUCGUCUGAGUUCGUGUCACGCUCUUCUGAGUUCGUGUCACGCUCGUCUGAGUUCGUGUCACGCUCGUCUGAGUUCGUGUCACGCUCGUCUGAGUUCGUGUCACGCUCGUCUGAGUNUCCAGCAUUUAUCCAGCAUAAUCCACCUCCAGCAUUUAUCCAGCAUAAUCCACCUCCAGCAUUUAUCCAGCAUAAUCCACCUCCAGCAUUUAUCCAGCAUAAUCCACCUCCAGCAUUUAUCCAGCAUAAUCCACCUCCAGCAUUUAUCCAGCAUAAUCCACCUCCAGCAUUUAUCCAGCAUAAUCCACCUCCAGCAUUUAUCCAGCAUAAUCCACCUCCAGCAUUUAUCCAGCAUAAUCCACCUCCAGCAUUUAUCCAGCAUAAUCCACCUCCAGCAUUUAUCCAGCAUAAUCCACCUCCAGCAUUUAUCCAGCAUAAUCCACCUCCAGCAUUUAUCCAGCAUAAUCCACCUCCAGCAUUUAUCCAGCAUAAUCCACCUCCAGCAUUUAUCCAGCAUAAUCCACCUCCAGCAUUUAUCCAGCAUAAUCCACCUCCAGCAUUUAUCCAGCAUAAUCCACCUCCAGCAUUUAUCCAGCAUAAUCCACCUCCAGCAUUUAUCCAGCAUAAUCCACCUCCAGCAUUUAUCCAGCAUAAUCCACCUCCAGCAUUUAUCCAGCAUAAUCCACCUCCAGCAUUUAUCCAGCAUAAUCCACCUCCAGCAUUUAUCCAGCAUAAUCCACCUCCAGCAUUUAUCCAGCAUAAUCCACCUCCAGCAUUUAUCCAGCAUAAUCCACCUCCAGCAUUUAUCCAGCAUAAUCCACCUCCAGCAUUUAUCCAGCAUAAUCCACCUCCAGCAUUUAUCCAGCAUAAUCCACCUCCAGCAUUUAUCCAGCAUAAUCCACCUCCAGCAUUUAUCCAGCAUAAUCCACCUCCAGCAUUUAUCCAGCAUAAUCCACCUCCAGCAUUUAUCCAGCAUAAUCCACCUCCAGCAUUUAUCCAGCAUAAUCCACCUCCAGCAUUUAUCCAGCAUAAUCCACCUCCAGCAUAA